CUCUAUGCCCCACUUAAACGUUGCGAGCUGAGGUGCUGUGGUGCCUGGGAACAGCAACGAAACACCACUCAUACAGCUCCAAUGAGGGGAUAGGAGAGCUCUUCAGGAACAUGUUUACGGAUUCAGAGAUAGCAAAAAACUUUGCGUGUGGCAAGGACAAGACGAGCUACAUCAUCAAGUUUGGUUUAGCGCCUUACUUUAAGAAGAAACUCAUUGCAAGUGUAAACAAAGCUGGACCGUUCGUCCUCAUGUUUGAUGAAAGUCUUAAUACAUGUUCAAAAAAAAAAACCAGAUGGACAUACACGUUCGGUAUUUGGAGGAUGGCUGUGUGACAUCAAGGUAUUUUGGUUUCGAAUUCCUGGGACAUGCGAGGGCAGAAGACCUGUUGCAGCACAUCAAAGAAUGUGUUGCACAACUGAACAUGAGGCAACUUCUGUCGGUCGAAAUGGAUGGCCCAAAUGUAAAUUUUAAGCUGAUGGAUCUCCUUCAAAAGGAGCACGCUGAGCUACAUGGAGGUGCUCAAGUCAUCAAUGUUGGCAGCUGUGGACUGCAUACCCUCCACAACGCAAUGAAGGCAGGCUUCACAGCAUGGCAGCUUGAAAAACACCUGCGAGGGAUGCAUUUUCUAUUCCACAAUGUUCCUGCCCGGAGAGAGGACUUCACCAACCUCACCAGGUCCUCUUGCUUUCCCCUUCCUUUCUGCGGCCAUAGAUGGAUAGAAAAUGUUCCAGUGGCAGAGAGAGCAAUAGCAGUUUGGCCCAUGCUUCAAAUGUACGUGGAUGCUGCAGAGAAGAAGAAGGUCAAAAAACCCAGCACGGCCUCAUACGACACCAUCUUGGCAGCACAAGGGGACCCUCUUAUCAUCCCAAAACUGCAGUUCUUUCUUGCCAUAUCAAGAAGCUUUAACCCCUACUUAACCAGAUACCAAACAGACGAGCCAGUGUUGCCAUUUUUGGCCAAAGAUUUGACCGAGCUCUUGAUGAGUUUACUGCAGCGGUUCGUGAAACAGGAGAUCCUACAGGACCGAACCCCCCGGCAGCUGACCCAAAUCGAGGUGUCUGAGGAGAAGAACUGGGUCUCCCUUAGAAAUCUUGACAUAGGCCUGGGUGCUGAGUGUGCCAUCAAGGAGCUUCUGGGCAAACCAGGAUGCAAGAUAGGUGAACUUUCUGUGCUCACCUUCAGGCGAGAAUGUUUGCAGUGCCUGGUUAAGGUGGUUAGGAAGCUGCAGGAAAAAUGUCCCCUGAAAUUCCCUGUGGUCAGGCAGAUUGCUUGUUUGGAUCCCACAAGAAUGAACAGAGAUCCUGAGUGGUGCAUCACACAGAUGAAGAGUAUAGUACAAAUGUUCGUCCAGGGAAAACAGUUGACAGGUGGCAUUCCAGCUGGUGAUGUCAUCAUUCAGCAGUUCACGUCCUUACUCUCUGUUGAGGGCAGAGAUGAAGAAUUUGUGUACUUUCAACCAAUGAAGCAGCGUCUGGAUGUCUUUCUGCACUCCAAACUCAGCACGUCCCACCCUGAGCUGCUAAGGUUCUGCCAAAGUGUUCUCCUCCUCUCCCAUGGACAAGCCACCGUAGAGAGGGGCUUCUCAGUUAACAAGGAGGUGGAAACGUGUAACCUUCUUGACGAAUCUCUUGAAGCACUGAGAUUAAUUUGUGAUGAGGUCAGCGGCUGUGGUGGCAUUCUCAAAGUGCCUUUGACCAAGGAGCUCCUGGCCUCUGCUGCUUCAGCAAGGUCACAGUAAAGGCUAUACCUGGAGCAUGAACGAAAAAAGAAAGAGAGUGCUGCACAAGGACUCAAGAGGAAAGCAGCAGAGGAUGAGCUUGAGGACCUCCGGAACAAGCGCAGGGUACUCAGCAGUGUGACUGAGUCACUCCAAAUAGACGCAGACAAGUUAGCUGACAUGGCUGAGGGAAAGGCAGGAACGAAGAUGGCCGAGCUAAUCACAAAGUCUAACACUCUUCACAGAAGAUUCAAAGACAAAAAAGCUGAACUGCUACAAAUGGACAAAAUAAUAGAGGAAAAGGCCACACAGUUGAGGCACUUGUAACUCUCUCUCUCUCUCUCACACACACACACACACACACACACAC